AAGCGGAUCGCUCCUUCACUCCUCCCUCAUUCGACCUGCAGCUCUGUGCACCAGCCACUUGUGAUCAGUCGGGGAGAAGCUACUCUUAAGAUGUCGGACGAAGGUAAAUUGUUCAUCGGAGGUCUGAGCUUUGAGACCAACGAGGAGUCUUUGGCGGCGGCCUUCGGAAAAUACGGAACCAUCGAAAAAGUGGACGUCAUCAGAGACAAAGAGACGGGAAGAUCUCGCGGCUUCGGCUUUGUGAAAUACGAUAAUGCAGAGGAUGCGAAAGAUGCACUGGAGGCCAUGAACGGCAAGACUCUGGACGGUCGGGCCAUCCGGGUGGAUGAAGCAGGAAAGGGCGGACGCUCCAGGGGAGGAGGAUCAUUCGGGCAGCCACGCGGUGGAAGAUUCGGCGGUUCCAGAGGGAGAGGUGGUCGCGGUUACUCCUCCAGAGGUGGCUACAAUGGCUCAGACAGGGGCUAUCAAGACAGAAACUAUGACAGAAGCUUCGGAAGAGAAGGGGGCUUCAAUAAUUACAGGAGUGGUGGAUACCAGUCAGGUGGCGGCGGCGGCGGGUACAGAGACAGUAGGGGUCAGGGCGGAUACAACGACCGUCCAAGCUACCGCGAUGGAUACGACGCCUAUGGUGCCUCACAAGAGUAAACAUCUCCCUGAUUCAAGAUCAUCACUUGGCUGGCUGUAUUUCAAAGAUGCGCUCCUCAAGAAAAAUGUCCACGUGUUCUUGCUGACCUUAGUUUUGUAGUUCUGUUGUAGUAGUUCAGCAUCUUAAAAAAAAAAAAAAGAAAAAAUAAUGUAGCCAUGAGUUUUGGUCAUUCCUUAACAAUCCAUGUUGCAAAUUACAGGUCAAGAAUCUUACCUUGCUUGAUCGGGCAUCUUAAUUCCUCAAAAAAAUCGUUUAACUAAAAGGCAUCUGUGUAAUCUGACUAGUACUGAAGUCCCAAUUUGGGGUCAAACAACAGCUCUCCACAUGGCUUUUCGUUGAACAGCCACUACCACCGCUGUAGACUUUUUUUUCUUUUCUUUCUUUUUUUUUUUGUCCAGCAUGUUAGUGUUUCCUGAUUUGAUUCCUUUUUCUCCCUUUUUUUUGUUGUUUUAUAUUGAAGUAUCUGAUGGGGCUUGUUUUGUGUUUUUGUUACCUUAUUUUCCCUCUCAGUCUUUGUGACUGAACUACCUCCUGCCAGGUUUUAAACUGAGUGAGGAAAGAGAUCCAUUUACUCUUAAACAGACUUUUUUGGGGGAUUUUAUGCUAAAUUCCUUUUUACUAUUAAAAUUAAAACCCUUAGUUUAGCUGAGGCUCCUGUAUGUUCAAUUUCCCAAAAGAGUGAAUUCCUUUCAGACUGGUGAACUACACAUCCGAAGUGGCCGGCUGUUCAUGAAGUUGCAAAUUGCAGCAUGCUACAGUCUGUCCAAGGUAUCUUCUGUGCUCUGCUCAACAUCUGCAUUUUAAAUGUGCUGUAAAAUGGACUAAUCUUGUUUAAAGUGAUCGAAAAAUGUAACUUCGUUUCCCCAAAGUAAUAUCUCAACCGGGAACAGUUUUGUACUUUAUGUUCUUUGUAUGAUCAACAUUUUUUUUUCUUUGUCAGUUUGGCUUCAUGGAGCCCAUUAAACAGACUGUGGAAAAUAA